AUUUAGAAUCGUCAAUGGAAUUUCUAAAGUUACAACACGCUAAGAGAUUUCUGUACUUAAUUUUAGAUUGAUUAAUUGAGUUUGUGUCAUCUAAUUGCUAUUGGUGAUGAUGAAGCUUUUGACUUUUUGUAGACCAAUUUACACUAUUUUCUCAGGUUACAAAAGGUUUUUUAUAAUUUCGUUAUGGAGAUCUUAUUAUAUAAUAGUUCUCUGUGUUUGCAUUUGGACAUUAACUGAUACUAGGUGAGUUAGUAUUCUCCUGGGGUAAGGUCUCAUGACUGGAUUUGUUUUCUAUAACUUUCUUAGUAUGAUAUAGAACUUAGUUGCACUAUACUAGCAACAUUAUAAAGUAAACUUUAGUCCAAAUCUCAAAGUAUAUGUGCUUUAUUAUAUUUAGUUAUACACUUGUAUGUUCAUUCUUUUACUCAGCAAAUUUGAAGCAAAUUCUUAUAAUUCUUUGUUGGUUAUAUUUUGUUAUGAUGCUUUCCCCCUUGUCAUUUUAUAUAUCAAUCUUGACUCAGGUAUUAGCACUUUGGCUAACAUGUCUCAUUACGAAGGGGAAGAGAUGGAUCAUGUUGCAGAUGAUAAUGAAAUGGCAGAAGGUGAUGACAUUAUGUAUUUGUGUGGUACAGAAAAUGGUGAUUCAGAUUCAGAUUCAGAUGAUGAAGAAUAUGAUAAUUUGGAGAAUAAAAUAGAAGAUACAUCUGCAGCGGAUGCCAGGAGAGGGCAGGAUAUUCAAGGAAUUCCUUGGGAAAGAUUGAGCAUCUCUCGCAAGAAGUAUAGGCAAACUAGAGUAGAACAGUAUAAGAACUAUGAAAAUGUUCCACAAUCAGGAGAAGGUUCAAUGAAGGAAUGCACACCAACCAAGAAAGGAGGAUUAUAUUAUGAGUUUUGGCGAAAUAAUAGAUCAGUAAAAUCAACAAUCCUUCAUUUCCAAUUGAGGAACUUGGUUUGGUCUACUUCAAAGCAUGAUGUGUAUCUUAUGUCAAACUUCUCUGUUAUUCACUGGUCUUCAUUGAGCACAAAAAAAAAGGAAGUUCUUGAUGUUUCUGGGCAUGUAGCCCCCCGUGAGAAACACCCUGGAAGUCUUCUGGAAGGAUUUACUCAGACCCAAGUUAGUACUCUGGCUGUAAGGGAUAAGUUGUUAAUUGCUGGAGGGUUUCAGGGUGAACUUAUUUGUAAGUCUCCACACCACGACAUCACAUUCGACGUGGAAUGGUGUUAACUUCUCCUACCAGUCAAAUUGAGACAUGGCGUCUAAAGCAUUAUGAUGCUGAGAAAGGAUGGACUGGAAUAGAGCUCGGGCCAUUAUAUGAUAAAAUGAUGGAGUUAAGGGGUCAACAUCCUCCAGAAGAACUAUCUGAUAAAGAGAUUAUGGAGCGUGUACUUGGACGUGAUUCGGUAUACUUGCGAGGGUGGGGGCGGUCUCCUAGUGUCACAACUUCUACUUCACAUCUUGAAAAUAUUGUGGGUAAUCAACCA